AAUUUUUUGUGACGUUUCCUCCCUGAGUGCAGACAGAAUUACUUUAUUUUAUUGCCAGCAAGGCACAAUUGAGGAUUGCUUAAGAACAAGUUCUUGUAUUACUAUAAUGGAGAAGCCUUGCCCAGUGACCAGCUCAGAAUUUCUUGAGAAAUGGGGUUGUGAUUUAGAGACCUUGUACAAACUAGGGAUUAAAUUCUUAAAGGAUAAAGAAGGAAAAGCUUUUCAUUUAGGCUAUGAUCAGAAAUGUAAGCUUCUGGCAUUUACCCAACAAGUUUCUAAUGGCCCAUUCAACCCUGAUCUCCACGGAAAUGUGGGUGUACUUGAUGUUAUAGGAAAAGAUCGAAAAAUCGCUUGGCAGAAGCUUGGAGACAUAGGCAGAGAAAGUGCUAUGCUAAGUUUUGUUGAAAUUCUUAAUUCAGCUUGCCCUUUGUUCCAUGCAUGUGUUGAGGCUCACAAAAAAGAAAUUGAAAUGAAAGCUGAAAAAGAGAAAGAAGAUUUAGAAUUUCAACUUAAAGAAGUAGAGAGAUUGAAAAUAGAAGCCGAAGAAGAUGCUAAAAGAGAAAUUCAAAUGAAAGAACAGGAAGAAAAACGAAAGCAAAUCAAAGAAGCUCUGAAUUUACAAACCUAUGACCAGUUCAAAACUUAUGCCGAGCAGCAGUAUCCAGAAAAUCCAGAUCAGCAAGCUAUUUUGAUCCGACAGUUACAAGAGCAACAUUACAUUCAGUACAUGCAGCAGAUAUAUCAGCAGCAAAUCCUAUCACAGAACAUUACCAAGGCUGAAGACAGUGAGUUUUCUCAAGAGUUACCACUGGAUGUUGAAGCUGCAGCACUAAAUGCUUUAGCAAGUAUUCAGAAAAUCCCACUAGAACCUGACAAUUUUUCUGAAGCUAGUGGUAAUGAUGAAGAAGAGCUUGCUGCCGAUAUCGUAGCUGCUUCUAUGUGGACACGUAAAGAUAUACGGGAAUUCAAAGAUUCAGUCUACAAAGAAGGAAAGGAUUCUAUUAUCAAAGUUGGACACGGCGAAACUGUCACGGUUCGAGUUCCAACUCACGAAGAUGGGUCUUGUUUGUUUUGGGAAUUUGCAACUGAUAAUUAUGAUAUUGGAUUUGGAUUGUUUUUUGAAUGGACAAAAUCACCUACUGAACAAGUGUCUGUUCAUAUUUCAGACAGCGAAGAUGAAGAUGACGACGAUGACGAAAAUGUUAUAGAAGACGAUGUGGAGCAAGGAGGCAACAACUCAAGCCAUUCAGCUCUUAUUGACUCAAACAGGCCUCCGAUCUCAAUCGUCAUUCCGGUGUAUCGGCGUGAUUGUCAAGAAGAAGUAUACGCUGGCAGCCACACAUAUCCUGGUCAAGGAGUUUAUCUUUUGAAAUUUGAUAACUCUUACAGUCUCUGGCGAUCUAAAACUUUAUACUACAGAGUUUAUUAUACUCGUUGAACGAUUCCGAUGUUUUUGACACAAAUUUUCCUCUGCCAUCUUUGUCUGUUCAUAUACAACUUCAAUAGCUAUGUUGUUUACAGUAAAUCGAUCUUGACGUGAAAGUAAUGUGCGACUAUAAUAGCUGUUCGGUUUUUUUUCCGCAACAUAUUUUUGGUCUGAUUCUGUUUUAGAUCACCGGACUUGAUAUGCAGUAUUACAUCAUCUUCAUGUAUUCACGCUAACUUAAAUUUUAUCUUUAACACGUUUCUUUAAGUUACCAUACCAAAAACAACACCCAAAGUUCUUUUUGUUCAGCGAUCGGUUUACCUUGUACAGAUGCACUCAUCUCUCCAGUUGUACUUCUGACUGACCUAAUUUUCAUGCUUUGGAUAAACAAAUAUUUUUUAGUCUAA